AUGGGAGUUCCAGCCUUCUUCAGAUGGCUUACAGAGAAGUAUCCCAAGAUUUUGGAGGAUGUCCUCGAAGAACGUGUGAAGCUUCUCGGCGGUGAGGGGUCCACCCGAAUUCAAUUUGACUCCACCCGACCAAAUCCGUCAGGGUUGGAGUGCGAUAAUUUAUACAUAGAUAUGAAUGGAAUUAUACACCCAUGCUCACAUCCCGAACAUGGGCCACAACCAACUACCGAGGAAGAAAUGUACGAAAAUGUUUGCCUUUAUGUCGAUCGAUUAUUCCGCGCAAUGCGUCCUCGGAAGCUUCUGUAUCUCGCAGUUGACGGCGUGGCACCUCGGGCCAAGAUGAAUCAACAACGAGCACGUCGAUUCCGCUCGGCACAGGAGGCUAGGGAACAUCUCGAGGUGGAACAUCUGGUGCGAGAAGAACUUUCCAAAAUGGGGCAGAAGGUUCCUCCAGCCAAGAAAGCAUGGGACUCCAAUGUUAUUACGCCAGGCACUCCGUUCAUGUUGAGAUUGUCUGAGUAUAUCAGAUUCUAUGUUCGAAAGCGCAUGAGCACAGACAAAGCCUGGCAAAAUAUUCGCGUCAUUUUCAGCGAUGCUAGUAUUCCAGGAGAAGGCGAACAUAAAAUCAUGUCUCAUAUCCGGCUCCAAAGGAGUCAACCUGGUUACUCUCCCAACCUCGUCCAUGUUUUGCAUGGCUUAGAUGCCGAUCUUAUCAUGCUAGCUCUUGCGACACAUGAAGCUCACUUCUAUAUUUCGAGAGAAGAAGUUCUAUUCGGAAGAAAAUCUCAAAACCAAGCAGAAAUGAGACAACUUGAAACCGGAUUUCGAGACAAGCAACGGGUUAUGGACGAAGAGGCAGGAGACUUUGCCAUGCAAAUUCUAGAAAACAAGCAAAAGCCAUUCGUUCGCGUCAGUAUUCCUGUGCUUCGGGAGUAUCUUGCUGCAGAUUUCGCAUCUUGCUUGGCACCGGGACGACUACCAUUUCCACCAUCGCUCGAACGCUUGAUUGAUGACAUCGUAUUUCUCUGUUUCUUCGUUGGAAAUGAUUUCCUUCCACAUCUACCUAGCCUUGACAUCCGUGAUGGAGCAUUGGACUACUUGUUCAACGUUUAUAAGAGGACACUUCCGACAUUAGGUGACUACAUCACAAACCAUGGUGGAAACGUUAAUUUAUCACACGUCGACGUCAUCCUGGCAGAAGUUGGCGCGAUAGAAGAUUACGUUUUCACCAUGAAGCAUGACAAUGAAAUGCGAGAUAGACAAAGACGAGAGGAUAUGAAAGCCCGGAGAAAGCAAGCUGGUGGGAGGAGUUUAGAUGCUCCCCCAACCUUCCAAAACCAGCCAAAUCAUGCAGCUAGAGGUCGAGCAGCUAAGAUCUUGGAACGCGAGGAAUCAAUGCGAACGUCGAAGGAAGAAAAAGGUAAUAAGAAGAUUAAGCCUUCGCAUAUGAAGAGCAAGGAAAAUCUGGAAGCUGCGCUGUCACUGAAGAGGGCGCUGGAAAAUCCUUCAAAAAUCACAGCCGACAACGCCACGCCAUCUUCCGAUGGAGGGGGAGCAACGGACCACAAAGUUGUGCCACCCAUCAAGGAAGAAGAAGACCAAGCGAUGGAUGCGUCUGAAAUAUCCAUGAGGAUCAAGGCCGAGCCUUCAAGGGGUACAAAGAGGAGUCUCGAUGAGUCUAAGAAUGAAGGGGACGCCAAGAUCGGCGUUGUUGGAGAUGCUGAAAAGGAAUUUGAUGGUGGUUGCGAGAAUGAUGACACCGUAGCAUCUUCCUUUGUCGAAGAUGCCAGCCCUGAAGUCCUGAAAGCAUUCAAAGAUCGUGUGAAGACAAAGGAAAGGAAACAGUUAGAUGCUUAUUCACAGAAUGUCGAAGACAAGGUUCGGCUUCAUGAAAAAGGAUGGAAGAAUCGGUAUUACACUGACAAGUGUAAGGCAGACGAUGUUGCAGCACACGGGGGAAGAGAGCAUCUGUUUCGUUCGUAUGUUUUGGGACUGUGUUGGGUAAUGAAGUAUUACUACGACGGUUGCCCCAGCUGGAAGUGGUAUUACCCAUUCCACUAUGCUCCCUUCGCCUCAGAUUUGAGAAAUAUUGAAAGAUUCGAAUGCGAUGUCAGAUCCUUGGAAAUUAGCACCCCUUUCAAUCCAGUGGAGCAACUUAUGGCAGUCCUGCCAUCGGACUCUUCUCACGCGGUUCCAAAAGAAGCGCGAUGGCUGAUGUCAGAUCCAGAGAGUCCAAUCAUUGACUUCUAUCCAACAGAAGUGCCAGUAGAUCCCAAUGGCAAAGCAAUGCCAUGGCUAUGGGUUGUUCUCCUCCCAUUUAUUGAAGAGGAUAGGUUGUUAGAUGCAUUAACACCAACUUUGACGAAGUGGACAAAGGAAGAGCUUCUAUGCAAUUCCCGUGGCCUAGAUGAUGGAUACCUUUUCAUUCACUUCACACACACAAUUGGUUCCAAAAUCAGAGGGGUCUUGCAAGACAGCAAGACAGCGAAAUCGCCGAAGACACGGUUGACUGACCAAUCCGCAUGUCCCGGGUUUGUCGGAGCCGUCAGGCCGCCUCUUAGUAACGAAAUCCACCCUGUUGGGGACGACACGACUGUUAGUUGCCCAGCUGCCUCUCAGAAAGCUGAAUUUACAAGUCUAGAUAACCUGUUCACGGAACCUUUGGUCGGUAAUGAUGUCCUUUGUGUGGCAUUUACUGAGCCUCUUAAGCUAUCACAUAAGAGUAUCAUGAUCCCAGGGGCUGUCCCACCUCCCCCAUCCCUUACUGCGCAAGACAAGAACAUUGGGCGACCAAGGUUAAAUAGAGGAGGAGGGACUAUUGCAAAUAUGGGGAUUUCGAAUGGACAGAGCUACAAAAGUGGAUAUGGCAGUAUGAAUAUUGGCUCUUAUGAACGGGAUCUGGCAAAUAGAAAUGGACGAGGAAAUCAAAUGUACCAAGCAGUGGAGGAGCUGGCCGUCAUCCCGCACAGCAAACCCCAAGACCCCCUUGGCAAGCGGGACAAGAGCAAACAAAUCACCGUCAUGCUGGCCAACAGCCGCAGUAUCACCAGCAGCAGCAACACUAUCACGGUCAACAAGCAAGCCAAAAUCGUCAACAACCUCAUCAACAGAACCGGCAUCCAGGCUAUCACAACCAGCAGAAUGGUGGGAGACAUGCACCUCAUGGUCACCAUCGGUUGCAUUUGCAGAACCCUCCUAGGAGUCAGCAGGGGCAAGGAUUCAAUUUUCAAUCGCGUGUACCAAACACCGGCCGUCAUCACCCCCCACAGAAUUCUUCGUCUUCGCAAGUGA